AGGGUUUUGCUCUUUGCAACUCUCUCUCCUUGAGCUGCUGCUGCUACUUGUUCUAUCUGCCUAGAGUAAAUCCCAACCAGGAUUUGGCUAUCUGAUUAUCAAACAUGGCGGACAAGGCAGUAACCAUUCGCACAAGGAAGUUCAUGACUAACCGUCUGUUAUCCAGGAAGCAAUUCAUAAUUGAUGUUCUUCAUCCCGGAAGACCCAAUGUUUCCAAGGCGGAGUUGAAGGAGAAGCUAGCAAGCCUGUAUGAGGUGAAGGAUCCCAAUACCAUUUUCGUGUUUAAGUUCAGGACUCACUUUGGAGGUGGGAAAUCCACUGGCUUUGGGUUGAUUUAUGAUUCAGUUGAUAAUGCAAAGAAGUAUGAGCCCAAGUACAGACUUAUCAGGAAUGGACUUGAUACUAAAGUAGAGAAGUCAAGGAAGCAACUGAAGGAGAGAAAGAACAGGGCCAAGAAGAUUCGCGGAAUAAAGAAGACAAAGGCUGGUGAUGCUGCCAAGGGAGGAAAGAAAAAGUGAUUUUUCAAGGAUUUUAUUAUCUACAUAUUGCCCAUAUCCACCUAUUUGGUUUUCGUUAACAGUUCUCUAGCAUGUAGGUGAAUUUUGAAUGGAAUCUUUUAUUGUCGGUGUGGAUGUUUGUCAUUUUCCAUUAUAUGAUUUUGAGUACUUUGCGGAAGACGAGUUUUGAUGUAUUGAAUAGUGAUAAAUUUUCUGUUAUAUUCGGUCA